AAGCCUUGGUAGGGGUUUGUAAAGCACCCGAAAGAGAAGAAGUGAAAGAAAGCAUCAGCCGCGGCGGUGUUAGGUAGGCGGAGCCAUGGCGGCGCCUGAAUCCCCUCUCUGUUACGUCGGUGUCGCGAGGCAAUCCGCUGCUUUUCGCCUGAUGAAGCAAAUGGGGUGGGAAGAAGGAGAAGGUCUUGGAAAAGAGAAGCAGGGGAUCAAAGGACACGUUCGAGUUAAAAACAAACAGGACACUAUUGGUAUUGGCCUUGAGAAGCCAAACAACUGGGCCUUCGACACCACUCAGUUUGAUAAUAUUCUUAAGAGAUUGAAAGUUCAAGCACCGCAAUCCCAUGACAUAGAGGAAAAAGUGGAAACCAAGGCUAGUGUUCCUGUUGAUAAUGAGGAGGAUUCUGUCCCCAAAACUACAAGACCACAAGGAAGAUACGCGAGAAGAGAGAGGGGGAAGCUUGUCUCGCAAUAUUCCUUGAAGGAUCUGGAAGGAAUUCUUGUUAAAAAGGGUGACGUAUCUGGGAGUACUGAUAAUUCUGAUGGUGAACUGGACAUGUUAAAGACAUCUGAAAUUCAAAAAUUUGAAGAUGAAGGAAGCAAAUAUCCUGCUAUACCUCCAGAUUGGUGGGGCUACAAGUAUGGUUUUGUCUCUGGUGGAUUUCUUGGAGCAGAAUCAAAGAAGAAAAAGUCCAUGAUUUCUGGUAAGGCAGAGAGGACUGCAUUUUUCGAAGAGGAUCAAGAAAACCUUUAUAAUCUAGUCCAGGAGAAAUCCACAACGGGGAAGCAAGGACUAGGCAUCAAGGACAGACCCAAGAAAGUAGCUGGCUGCUAUUUUCAGGGUAAAAAGAAAUCCUUUGAUGAUAGUGAUGAAGAUUCUGCUGAUAACGAUUCCCUGGAACAAGCAGCAAAUGAUGACUUAAUUAAAGUAGAAAAGAUUGUUGAAGGCAAAGUGAAGCUGAAAAAGUUGUGCAAACAGAUUUUACAACAGGUGCCUGGAGAAUCAUUGAAACUGAAACAGCUCAAAGUUCUUAUUGAUGAACAUUCAUCUUCAAUUUUGUCUGAUUUUUCUUCAAGAAGAGAGUCUGUUGCUUACUUGAAGCAAAAGCUGACAGGUAGUAGGAAGUUUUAUAUCGAAGGGAAAAGAGUGCGAUUGGCAUCAAAGAGAAGCUGAAAUUUUGAUACUUCUUUUUCUUGGCCUCUUCUAAUUCAUUAUAUUUUAGGAGAGAAAGGGGGCAGUUUGGAAUUUAGUCUAAGGUAAAUUUGCAUUGGUUAGCUUUAUCAACGUAUGUUGUAGUAUUAAAUAGCAUUUUAUGAAAUUUAAUAAUUUUUUCUUUUAAGUUUAAAUUUUAAAAGUGCAUGUGUAUCCUGGAUUGAAUAUUGAAAUUAUCUGUUUACUCGUAUAGAAAAUAAUGAAUGGACAUGGAAAUGUCAACAGGGUUCCUUUUCUCGUGGCA